CGGAGGCGGUGGCCAAGACGGCGGCCCGAGCGCGAUGGCUGGGCUCGUGGCCGAAGUGAGCUGGAAGGUCUUGGAGCGAAGAGCCCGGACAAAGCGCUCAGGAAACUGAGCUCUACCCUCAACAUAUAUUUUCCAGCAUUUCUCUUUUCCUCUAAUAAACGUAUAGGGUUUAUUUUCUUCUCCAGUCUUAAUUUCCUCUGAACUGCAUGUCAUAACAUUUAGCCUGCGAUGCUUAUGAUUAGAGACAACAAUUUGAAAUGGCCAGCUCACCUGAUGCAGUCGUCUCUUCUCCACCAGCUUUCUUAAGGUCUGGCUCAGUUUAUGAACCUCUUAAAAGCAUUAAUCUUCCGAGACCUGAUGAUGAAACUCUGUGGGAUAAAUUGGAUCACUAUUACAGAAUUGUCAAGUCAACAUUGCUGCUGUAUCAAAGUCCAACCACUGGUCUCUUUCCCACAAAAACAUGUGGUGAUGAUCAGAAGGCCAAGAUCCAUGACAGUCUAUACUGCGCUGCUGGGGCCUGGGCUUUGGCUCUUGCAUACAGGCGCAUUGAUGAUGACAAGGGAAGGACCCAUGAGCUGGAGCACUCGGCUAUAAAAUGUAUGAGAGGAAUUCUCUACUGCUAUAUGCGUCAGGCCGAUAAGGUCCAGCAGUUUAAGCAGGAUCCACGCCCGACAACAUGUCUUCACUCUAUUUUCAACGUACAUACAGGAGAUGAGAUUCUCUCCUGUGAGGAAUAUGGUCAUCUUCAGAUAAAUGCAGUGUCACUCUAUCUCCUUUACCUUGUGGAAAUGAUUUCCUCAGGACUCCAGAUUAUCUAUAACACUGAUGAGGUCUCUUUUAUUCAGAACCUUGUAUUUUGUGUGGAAAGAGUUUACCGUGUGCCUGACUUUGGUGUCUGGGAAAGAGGAAGCAAAUAUAAUAAUGGCAGCACAGAGCUGCAUUCGAGCUCUGUUGGCUUAGCAAAAGCAGCUCUAGAAGCAAUUAAUGGAUUCAACCUCUUUGGCAACCAGGGCUGUUCUUGGUCAGUUAUAUUUGUGGAUCUCGAUGCCCACAAUCGCAACCGGCAAACUUUGUGCUCACUGUUACCCAGAGAAUCAAGAUCUCAUAACACAGAUGCUGCCCUGCUCCCCUGCAUCAGUUAUCCUGCAUUUGCCUUGGAUGAUGAAGUUCUGUUUAGCCAGACACUUGAUAAAGUGGUUAGAAAAUUAAAAGGAAAAUAUGGAUUUAAGCGUUUCUUGAGAGAUGGGUAUAGAACAUCAUUGGAAGAUCCUAAAAGACGCUACUACAGACCAGCUGAAAUUAAGCUAUUUGAUGGCAUUGAAUGUGAAUUUCCUAUAUUUUUCAUUUACAUGAUGAUUGAUGGUGUUUUUAGAGGCAAUCCCAAGCAAGUAAAAGAAUAUCAGGAUCUUCUGACUCCAGUACUUCAUCACACAACAGAAGGUUAUCCUGUCAUACCAAAGUACUACUCCGUGCCAGCUGAUUUUGUAGAAGAUGAAAAAAGAAAACCUGGCAGCCAGAAGCGAUUUCCUAGCAACUGUGGCCGUGAUGGAAAACUGUUUCUUUGGGGACAAGCCCUUUAUGUCAUCGCAAAACUCCUGGCUGAUGAAUUAAUUAGUCCUAAAGACAUUGAUCCUGUUCAGCGUUAUGUCCCACUACAGAAUCAACGUAAUGUGAGCAUGAGGUUUUCCAAUCAGGGCCCACUGGAAAAUGAUUUGGUUGUUUAUGUAGCACUCGUAGCAGAAAGCCAACGCCUUCAAGUUUUCCUCAACACAUAUGGUAUUCAGACUCAAACUCCUCAACAGGUAGAACCCAUUCAGAUCUGGGCCCAGCAGGAGCUUGUGAAAGCUUAUUUCCAUCUGGGAAUCAAUGAAAAAUUAGGACUCUGCGGAAGGCCAGAUAGGCCCAUUGGCUGCCUUGGUACAUCAAAGAUUUAUCGCAUUCUAGGAAAGACUGUGGUUUGUUACCCUAUCAUCUUUGACCUAAGUGAUUUCUACAUGUCUCAAGAUGUUUUACUGCUGAUAGAUGACAUAAAGAAUGCACUACAGUUUAUUAAGCAAUACUGGAAAAUGCAUGGACAUCCACUUUUCCUUGUUCUCAUCCGGGAAGACAAUAUAAGAGGUAGCCGAUUCAAUCCCAUAUUAGAUAUGCUGGCAGCUUUUAAGAACGGAGUGGUUGGAGGAGUCAAAGUUCAUGUUGAUCGUCUACAGACACUAAUAUCUGGAGCUGUGGUAGAACAACUUGACUUCUUACGAAUCAGUGGCAUAGAAGAGCUUCCAGAAUUUAAGAGUUUUGAGGAACUAGAAGUUCCCAAACAUUCAAAAGUCAAACGACAAAGCAGCACCUCCAAUGCUCCUGAACAAGAACAGCAGCCAGAUGUCUCCAUUACUGAAUGGAAAAACAAACCCACCCAUGAAAUUCUUCAAAAACUGAAUGACUGUAGUUGUCUGGCUAGCCAAGCCAUCCUGCUGGGUAUACUGCUCAAAAGAGAAGGGCCAAACUUCAUCACAAAGGAAGGUACCGUUUCUGAUCACAUUGAGAGAGUCUAUAGAAGAGCUGGCAGCAAAAAAUGUUGUCUAAGACUUCUUCAGAAAUGUAAAAAUAGCAGUGUGAAUUCCUUCCUCCAACAUUCUGGCAAGAAAAAAAAUGCUGGUAUUUCAUUGUAUCACUUCCUAAAAUUGCGUACUAAGUCGGUGGUGCGCCAUACAGCAAGUCUUUUAAGUAAACUAGUGGACAGCCUGGCCCCAUCCAUUACUAAUGUUUUAGUGCAGGGCAAACAGGUAACUCUGGGUGCCUUUGGACAUGAAGAAGAGGUUAUCUCUAAUCCUUUGUCUCCAAGAGUGAUUAAGAACAUCAUCUAUUACAAGUGUAAUACCCAUGAUGAGAGGGAGGCGGUCAUUCAGCAAGAACUGGUCAUUCAUAUUGGCUGGAUCAUCUCCAAUAACCCGGAGUUAUUCCGUGGCAUGCUGAAAAUACGAAUUGGGUGGAUCAUCCAUGCUAUGGAGUAUGAACUACACAUCCGUGGUGGAAACAAGCCAGCCAGAGACUUAUAUCAGUUGUCACCUAGUGAAGUGAAACAGCUUCUGUUGGAUAUUCUGCAGCCUCAACGGAAUGGAAGAUGUUGGCUGAACAGGCGUCAGAUCGAUGGGUCUUUGAAUAGAACUCCCCCUGAGUUCUAUGACCGAGUGUGGCAGAUCCUGGAGCGCACACCCAAUGGAAUCAUUGUAGCCGGAAGGCAUUUGCCCCAGCAACCAACCCUGUCAGAUAUGACCAUGUAUGAGAUGAAUUUCUCUCUCCUUGUUGAAGACAUGUUGGGAAAUAUUGACCAGCCAAAAUACAGACAGAUAGUUGUGGAGUUACUAAUGGUUGUAUCCAUUGUACUGGAAAGAAACCCUGAGCUAGAAUUUCAAGACAAAGUAGAUCUAGACAAACUGGUGAAAGAAGCAUUUCAUGAAUUUCAAAAAGAUGAGAGUCGACUAAAAGAAGUUGAAAAACAAGAUGACAUGACUUCCUUUUACAAUACUCCCCCCCUGGGAAAAAGAGGAACAUGCAGCUAUUUGACAAAGGUUGUGAUGAAUUUGCUGCUGGAAGGAGAAGUCAAGCCAAGCAAUGAUGACCCAUGUCGGGUUAGCUAGUGAGGAAGGUGUUAGAGACUCUGUUGAGGCAGGUUUUCCAGAAGUGUGUUAAGUUUUUGUUGAAGCUUAAUCAAGGCAACCAUUAAUGUGUGGGCUGAUCGUGCUGAUGAGUGGUUGCCACACCCUUGGCAGAGUUAUUGGACCUCUUGCAUGCCAUAAGCAAUCUGAUGGUAAGAACUGCUUAUAAUCAAGUGAAAAUAAGUUCCAUGAUUAUGCCCACUACAAUAAUAAUCUUUACUGAACAAUAGUAAUUGUUUAUGAAUUGAAAGUUCACUGCAUGUUUUAUGAUUACACAGCUCAUCAAAAUGAGUCUUUGCACUUUGGACUAAAUUCCCACCUUACUGCCAAUUAAAUGAAUUUUCAAACUAAUUAUGUGUACUAGGAAUGAAAAUAUAUUGAAAGAAUGGUAAAUUUUUUUAAGUGGCAUUAUAAUGCUAGAAAAAGAUACCAGUAUGCAUCAUAAAAGCAAAAUCAGCCAGCUGAUAUUUUGAUUCUCAAACUGCAUUAUUGAUAAUAUUUUAGUACACAGAGCUAUUAUACAAUUUUUGCCUUGUAAACAUGAUUGUGGUUUUGUAUUUGUGCUAACUGUAGUGGUUGAACUAAAAUAAUAAAUCUAUGCCUGAUUAAA